CAUCAUCUCCUGGACUCCUUGCAUUGCCGGGCAAGAGUGCCCAGAAAGCGUGUCCCUGCUUCAGCGGCACUACUGCAGAAUUCUACUUGAGGUUUAUGAGUUCUCCUCGACUUCUUUUAGGUGGCAGGUCAUGCUCCUUGCUUGUUGCUGUUGGGAAACUGGUUGCUUGGGAGCUGCUGGUGGCCACUGGCCAGCAGCGUGCUAGUGAAGUGGAAGCAAAGAAACCAGCCUCACUUGGCUCCAUAUAUUCCUCCAGAGUGCUUGUGUUGCUUGCAGUCCUGAUCAACCCUCGAGGAGAAGCCACAAUCCUUGUCGCAGGCUGCUCCGGCAUGGCUGCGGCCUCGGACCGUGCUGAGGUCGACACUGCCCGGCCGUUCCGGUCCGUCAAGGAGGCGGUCGCCGUGUUCGGUGACCGCAUCCUCGUCGGCGAGGGCCACUCCAGGCAAAGUAGCAGUGCUGCCACCAUUGCCACCCCCAAUGCCAAUGCCAGUGCUAGUGCCAAUGGCAUGCCCACCCCAAGUGCCAAUCAUGAGGCUAGCUGUAGCAGUAGCACCAUGACCUUUUCCCCAAACCCAAUGGCAGAGGCUGAGGAAGAGGAGAUCAUGCCUGCCACUGCGCCGAUGUACUCCGCGCCGUCCUCGCCGCCGUCGCUCACGUCCUCGCCAUCGCCGAUGAAGGCAGCAAGCAGCGGGCACGCCAACGACCGGGACCGUGAGGCCGGUGGGCUCGUGGUGAUGCGCUCCAUCCGGAAGCUGGAGGCGGAGGUGGCCGAGACGAGGCAGGAGGUGGCGCAGCUCAGGAAGCGCGAGAACGAGAUGGAGAUGGCGGUGGCCAGCCUCAACGCGCAGCUCCACCGGGGCCUCUCCAAGCUCGCCGAGAUGGAGGCCAACCGGGCGGCGGCGGCGGCGCGGCGCAGCAUCGGCGGCGACACCGACGUGGCGUCCACGCUCCGGAGCGAGCGCUGGGGCGGCGGCGGCGGCAACAAGCUCGGCGCGAGCGGCGAGUACCUGCCGUCGUUCUCGCACGCGCUGAGCCUCGGCGAGAUCGACGACGCCGAGCUCAUGGGCAGCCGGCGGAGGAAGGCGCAGAAGGUGAAGCCCAUCGUGCCGCUCAUCGGCGACAUCCUCUUCUCCAAGAGGAAGAGCACCAAGGAGAAAGGAGAUGAUGACGGCUUCUUCAGUGGUGAUCUUUACAGCGUUCUUGGCUAGGCCGAUGAUCAGUGCUCAUGUCUGCUCAUCUUGUGGUUGUGGCAGCUUGUGUGCAAUUUUUUUCUUCUGGUUGGGCUUUUUUUUUCUUCCUAUCCUUUCCUGAAGCUCUUGUUUGCGUGGCUUGUGCAGGGAAAUUUGUGUAAAUGUACAGACAGACAUGUCAAUGUAUCUUCGGAUCACGAAUGAAAAAACAAAAAGUGUGUAAUUACCUAGACUUUA